AUGGCAGCAGAGGCACCAUGCUACACAGUCGUAUUUGAGGAUACCACAGAGAGUCCAUCUACGCAGGAGCUUAGGGCAUCUCUCGAGAAAGGCACUGAUGAAGACAGACUGGACACAUUGCGCAGACCGCAUGAAGCUGAUGCAACGGUGGCGGCCCAGCCCACGCUCUUGAUGCCCAUCAUACAAUAUAUUAUGCCCUCCAAAAACAAGCAGCUCAACAAGCUACUUCACUUCUACUGGGAGGUGUUUCCCAAGUAUGAUGAGAACGGGAAGCCUAAGCAGGAGAUGAUUCUAGUCGUGUACAUGUAUCUAUUAUCCUCCUACCCAAUGCCAUCUGAAACGACUUGCAACACCCCAACGAAUAUAUCUGUGGCGCUACCUUACGUUUUCUCCAAAGAUGCUGAACUCCUCGAACCCCUAAUUUCUACCUGCCGCAGCUGUCUCAAGCACCGUCAUUCCUAUGUCUGCAAGAACGCCGUAUUCGCCGUGUACACUAUCUACCGCGAAUAUGAACACCUCAUCCCAGAUGCUCCCAAGCUCAUGCAGACUUUCAUUGCUGCAGAGUCUGACGCGACGUGCAAGCGUAACACAUUCGUGUUCCUUGCGCAUUGCGCAAUGCCCAAAGCUGUGGAGUGGUUAAUUAGCGUCUAUGAUCAGCUGACAAGUCUAGAUGAACUCUUGCAAAUGAGCAUCAUAGAAGUCAUCAGGUUGGAUUUAAAGUACGAAGCUGCUACGACGCUCACUACACUCACGCAGAACCCCGCUGCUGUGAAAGCGGCUGCCUCGUGCUUUGUUAAUUUGGUCAUUAAAGAAUCCGACAACAACGUUAAGCUAAUCGUCCUGGAUCGCCUGGAUACCCUAUGCUCCAAACAUGGUCAUAUACUGGAUGGACUGACGAUGGAUAUCUUGCAGGUCUUGUCGAGAGCCGACAUGGAGGUUCGAAGGAAAGCCAUGAGCAUCGUACUCAGCAUGACCUUGAAUCGGAACGUCGAGGAAGUUGUUCUCUUCCUCAAGAAGCAGCUGCAGCAGACACAGGAGCUCGAGUUCGAAAAAGCCCCGGAGUACAGGCAACUUCUAAUCCAAUCGAUCCAUGUUUUAGCAGUCAAAUUUUCUGAGAUAGCUGCAAGCGUUGUUCAUGCGCUCAUGGAAUUCCUCGGAGACUCAAAUAACCCCUCUGCGCUGGACGUCGUGGCCUUCGUCCGUCGAGAAGUUCCCACACCUCCGGCUGUCUAUAUGCGACAAACUUUGACAGAGAUCAGAUCCGGUAAAACCUUCCGCAGCGUCCUCUGGAUUCUGGGCGAGUAUGUCGAAGGCCCAUCAGACAUUCAGGCCACAUUCCAGGACAUUCGCAAAGUGAUUGGCGAGAUCCAUAUUCUUGCAAGUGAGCAGCGCUUACUGGACGAGGCUGACGGAGAGGAGGACAAGAAGGAGGACAAGAAGGCCGAGGGAAGCGGGCGGCCAAAGGUACUUGCUGACGGGACAUAUGCGACGGAGACGGCGUACACCAGCACCAACUCAGCGAGAUUAGAGGCUGUCAAGGCUGCGUCAAAGCCUCCAUUGAGAGCCCUCAUAUUGGGAGGCGACUUUUUCGCGGAUGACCGGCCAAAGGCCAACGCUCUCCGUGCUGAGUCCAUGUUGAUCAUGACGUCUAUUAUCCGCGUCGGCCAGUCGAAGUUUGUCACAGUACCAAUCGACGAGGAUUCCAACGAGCGCAUUCUUGACUGCAUACAAACUUUAAGCGAGCUCCAGGAAAAGUCCAUCGUCCACGACAUCUUCUUGAAGGACACGAAAGCUGCAUACUCCAAGAUGCUCGUCGCUCAGGAGAGAAAGGCAGCGGAGAAGAAAGAGGCGGAAAAUACGAAGGAGCAUGUUGUGCAAGUCGAUGACUUGCUUACUUUCAGGCAGUUUUCGAAAAAAUCGGCGGAUGAUCCCAUUGAUUACGUGGAGGACUUAGGCAAGGCAACGGGAGCCGCUGAAGUCUGGGAAGACUUCAUAUCCAACCUCAGUCGCAUAUCCCAGCUCACAAGUUUUUCGGACCCUAUGUAUGCGGAAGCAUACAUCAAGAUGCACGGAUUUGAUAUUAUGCUUGAUGUCCUUCUGGUCAACCAGACGUCUAAUACGCUGCAGAAUCUCUGUCUUGACGUCGCAAUGCUUGCACCUCACGGUUUCCAGAGUAUCAAGGCUACAAUCAAGGUUUCGUCAACAGAGACUGGCGUCAUAUUUGGCAGUAUCCUAUGGGAUGGGCCUGCCCUCGCUGAAUGCUGUGUUAUUUUGAAUGACAUCCACAUCAACAUUAUGGACUAUAUCAAGCCUGCGUACUGUAGCGAGACGCAGUUCCGAAGCAUGUGGACAGAGUUUGAGUGGGAGAACAGGCUAACACACCCGCAUAGUGGCCCUCGCGACUACCUGAAGCACGUCAUGAAGUCUACGAACAUGUCUUGUCUGACGCCAGAAGGAGCCAUGUCAGGCGAUUGUGAUUUCCUAUCUGCCAACAUGUAUGCUCGAAGUUUGUUCGGUGCGGUUCUUUCCACAAGUUUUGUGUCAGCAUCGGUCUUAUUUCGUGAUGACCCAGGCAAGGAUGCUUUAGCCAAUUUGAGCAUUGAGAAGACAGAAGCUGGGAUUGUAGGCCAUGUUCGUAUUCGGAGCAAAACGCAGGGCAUCGCUUUAUCGCUGGGCGACCGUAUUACGAUGUCCCAAAAGGAUAGCAAGUCGUCGAUAUAA